AUGUAUCCAAGAUAAUCAAAAAAAUAAGACAAACUAAAGUAAUCUCAAAAUAUUUAAGAUUUUAUUUUGAAUAAACUAAUAAAAGAAUUCGGUUCAAAACCAAUAGAUAAAGAUGUAUACAAUAAUUAUUUAAUAAGUUAAUAACAUGUUAUGUACACGAUUAUAUUUCUAAAUAUUCAACUUUUAAUGAGAGUGGUGUUAGAGCAUUAAAAGUAGAGAUAUAAGAAGUACUCAAAAAGUCAUAACUUGAAAAAGAAACAAUAAUAAAAACUUUAAAAAAACAAUCUAAUCUUCAAUAGUUACAAAAUAAUUAGGAUGUUUAAAAUAAUGAAAAUAAUUCAUAAUAAAUUACAAAAGUUAUUACAUCAGGUUAAGAGCAAUUAAAUAAUUAAAAAAAGAAUAAUACUUAAGAAAUUCCAAGAUUAGAUUCAUUAACUUCAGAAAAUAAAUAAAAAUCUGUAUAUUAAUUAGAUGAUGAUGAAUAAGAUGAAUGGGCUGCUAUUAUUAAAUAUGAUACUGUUUUAUAUUAGAAAGAACAAGAAGAAAAAAAAAAGAGAGAAUAAUAAUUGAGAUAAAAAUUAAAAGAUGAUUUAGAUAAAUAAUUAAGAGAAAAAGAAAAGAUAAAAAAAGAAGAAGCGUUGAAAGAAGCUUAAUUUAUUUAAUAAAAUUAAUAAAGAAAAUAAGAAUUUGAAUAAUUUGAAAAAUAGAAGAAAGAAUAAGUGAAACUUAAACAAUUAGAAGAAAAGAAAUUAAGAGAUGAAUAAGUAUAAUUAGAAAAACAUAAAAAGUAAUUUUAAUAUUUUAUUAGAUUAGAAGAGAAAGUUAAAAAUAAUCUAAAUUAUAAGAUGAUGAAAUGCUUUAAUAAUUGAAAAAUGAAAUAAGUAGAGAAUCUUAAGAAUUAAAUAAAAAAAGAUAGGAAUAAAAAGAUAAGUUUUAAUAGAUUUUGAAAGAAAAUGAAUAAUUAAGAUAUAAGGUAAAAUAAAAAAAUAUUUUUAGGCAUAAGAGGAGAUUAAACUUUAAAAAGAAUUUGAUUCUAAAAUGUAAUAACAAUAAUUACAGAAAUUAAUAUAAGACGAUGAAAGAAGAGAAUAAUUAAAAAAGGAUAGAGAUGAUAAAAUUAAAUAAUUUAUGAGUCAUUAUAGCCAUUAAGUGUUGACAAAAUAAAAGGAAAAUGAAGAGAAUGAAGGAAAAUAUAUGUUAGAAUAAUUAAAAAAGCAAGAAGAAUAAGAUAAACAAUAAUAGUAAUAUAAGAAAUUAAAAGAAUAAGAGAAAAUGGAAUUAGUAAAACAAUAAUUAUAAUUGUAAAUUUAAUAGAAAUAGUAAAAAAAGUUAUCAGAAGAAGAGGAAUAAAAAUUAUUAUUACUCUAAUAAAAAUUAGAACUUAUGAAUUAUAGUGAAAAAGAAAAGCAAAAACAACUUGUAAAUAUGUUAUUAUUUAUUUUAGAAUAUCAAAAAUAAUUAUAAGUAAAACCAAGAGGAUAUAAGGAAAUAAAUUGAAGAAAGUAGACAUAAGAGUGCUCAUGAAAAAAUGUCGAAUAUGGAAUUAUUGCAAAAUAAAUCUUUAUUAAAAAAUAUAGCUUAAGAAUAGGUUGUUAAAACAAAAUUUAGGAAAGUGAAUGUAUCAAUGAAAUGA